GACCGCGCGGUUCACGCCUCCCUCUUGCACCCUCUUUUACACUUCACCCAUUCCACCCCCUCCCUCUGUUUACAGUUGGAGAUAGAGAGAGAAGCGCCGAACCCCAUCCAAUCCUUUCUCUCUCUAAAACCCUCCCAAAACCACACCCAACCAACAAGGGAGCUCCGCCAAAUCCGCUCGUCCGUUGCCAGCUGAUGAAAUCGGGGCUUGCCGCGGUCCACUCUCGUCGGUGAUGGACGGUUGCUGGCGGCUCCCCGGAGGCCACGGCGGCGGCGCCGCCGGCCGCGUCGUCCGCGUGCACUUUCUGGACGCGGAUGCCACCGACGACUCCGACGAGGAGACGAACCGGCCUCAGCGACGCGGCGCGCGGCGAUGCGUGCGGGAGAUCGGCCUGCCGCGCGGGUUCUCUCUUCCGUCCGCCGCGGCGGGUGCGGUGAGCAGCUCCUCCCACUGGACGCGCGAGAAGAGGUUGAGGGCGGCCGCGGCCGGCAAGGCGCGUACGUUGGUGGCGUGCGGCGGGGAUGAUUGGUCCGCGGGGGCUAGGGCGGCCCGGCGAUUGCGCGGCGUGCGGCGCCGGCCGUGGGGCAAGUAUGCGGCGGAGAUCCGCGACCCGAAGCUGGGGCGGCGCGUCUGGCUUGGCACCUUCAACACCGCCGAGGAGGCCAAGUCCGUCUAUGACUCCGCCGUGCUCCGCCUCCGCGGCCCGAGCGCAGUCACUAAGUACACCGCGCCUUCCCCCUCGCCGCCCGUCUCCACCGUGACGGCGUCCGCGCCGUCGCCGUCGACAUCCGCGGCCUCUCCCACGUCGCCCUCCACCACGGCGGCCCCUCCUCCGUCGCCCUACGGUAGGGCGGCCUCUCCCCCGUCGCCCUCCACCACGGCGACCUCUGCCCCGUCGCCCAUCAGCACGGCGGCCUCCCCCCCGUCGCCCUCCACCACGGCGGCCUCCCAGUCGGCGACCACCAGCUGGUCCUUGGUGAACGCGGACGAGGAGGUGACGGCAGCGUUCGGCCUGGGAUUCGUCGACGAGGAGACCUCCCUGAACAACCUGAUGCAGUUCUGCCUCCCCGCGGCGUGCAGCAGCAGGUGGGACCCCUCGGCGGACUUCGUGGAGCUGGCGGACCUCGACGACCUCUUCGCGCCGGAGCCCCUGGCGGCCUGACCGGACGGGACGGGAGAGCGGCGACGGCAGCUCCACCGCAACUUUUUGAAAGAGAACAGUUUUAAACAUAAUUUUACUUUAUUUCUCGGGAGUCUGCAUAUUUUGAGAGGCGUGCGGAAAUAUUUAUCCGAAACUUUUGCUUGGCAUUUUAUUUCGAGAGAGGAAUAAACCGUAGCAGCCGGAGGGAAAAAGACCGAAAUGUUGUCUUCUUCUCCGAGGCCUACCGUUAAGCUUAGGGGCGUUUUUGUAAUUUGGAGUGAGGAUGUGUUGUCUUGUGUGCGAGCGUGUCGGGGCUGGAUUUGAGCUUGCCGAGAGAAAGGCUGCCAUUGAGGGGACAGGAGCUGGCGAGGACGAAGUAGUACCAAGCUUUGCUUGGGUUUUACGUUGUGGGAACGAGUGAUAGCUAUGCACGUGAUCCGUUUUCCCCUAUGGUUUGGGUGUUGUAAUUCAAAAAGAAAUCUGUGGCGCAACAUGUUUAUGAUGUACAGUAACGUGUUGCUACUA